ACUUCCAUAAUCAUCAUCAUCAUCAUCAGGGUUCCACUCAAACUCCAUUCAUUCACCUUUUUCCAAAAUGCUGACCAGAAAAUAAGUAAACUUCUCAUUUACACUUCUAUUUUAGCAAAACCCUGUUGCCAGAUCGAGCUUCGUGAAGAAAAUGGAGUCAUUGGGUUGGAUUUUCUUACCCAUUCUGGUUUUAUCCCUAAGCAGAUCUUUCGCACUUACUCAAGAUGGAAUUUCCUUGUUGGAAAUUAAGAGUUCUUUGAAUGAUAGCAAUAAUCUUCUUAGUGAUUGGAGAGAUUCCGAUGAAUCUCCUUGUAAGUGGACUGGUAUUACUUGUUACCCUGAUAGCCAAAGGGUUAACUCAAUAAAUUUGCCUUACAUGCAGCUUGGAGGGAUUAUAUCUCCUAGCAUUGGGAAGUUGAAUGGAUUACAGAGAUUGGCAUUUCAUCAGAACGGCUUGCAUGGUGUGAUCCCUAAUGAAAUUUCUAAUUGUACAGAGCUGAGAGCCCUGUAUUUGAGAGCUAAUUUUCUUCAAGGAGGAAUACCAUCAACUAUUGGGAAUCUUUCUUUACUUACCAUUCUAGACUUGUCAAGCAAUUCAUUGAGGGGAGCAAUACCUUCGUCUCUUGGGCGUCUUACAAAGCUCCGCUAUCUGAACUUAUCUUCAAACUCAUUUUCUGGUGAAGUUCCUGAUAUAGGAGCUUUGAGUACAUUUGGGGACAAUUCGUUUAUCGGUAAUGUGGAUCUAUGCGGUCGACAAGUUCUCAAACAAUGUCGAACAUCGUUAGGUUUCCCUGCUGUUCUUCCUCAUGAAACUGUCGAACCUUCAGUGUCUUCGAAGCGGCCAUCACAUUUCAUCAAAGGAGCAUUCAUUGCUGUUCUAUCGAUAGUGGCGGUCUUACUUGUAGUUGUGAUCAUAUUCCUUUGGUUCUGGUUUAUGUCAAAGAAAGAAAGGGCAGUCAAGAAAUACACAGAAGUUAAAAAACAAGUUCAUCAAGAUAAAAGCACCAAACUCAUUACAUUUCAUGGUGACCUUCCAUAUGAAUCGUCUGAAAUCAUAGAAAAGCUCGACUGUCUUGGUGAAGAAGACAUUGUCGGGUCUGGAGGGUUCGGCACAGUUUACAGGAUGGUCAUGAAUGAUUGUGGCACAUUUGCGGUCAAAAGGAUUGAUCGUGGUCGUGAAGGUUCUGAUCAAGUUUUCGAGAGGGAAGUUGAGAUAUUGGGAAGCAUCAAACACAUAAAUCUCGUGAAUAUGAGAGGGUAUUGUCGAAAUCCUACUUCGAAGCUGCUAAUCUACGAUUAUUAUGUGUUGGGCAGCUUGGAUGAUUUAUUACAUGGACAAGGAGACCAGUUGUUGGAUUGGAAUGCUCGAUUAAAGAUAGCUGUUGGGUCAGCCCGAGGGUUGGCUUAUUUACAUCAUGAUUGUUCUCCGAGGAUAAUACAUAGAGAUGUGAAGUCCAGCAAUAUAUUACUCGAUGAGAAUAUGGAGCCUAGAGUUUCUGAUUUCGGGUUGGCCAAGCUUUUGGUUGAUGAGGAUGCCCAUGUCACGACUGUUGUUGCAGGAACUUUCGGUUAUUUGGCACCUGAAUAUUUACAAAGUGGAAGAGCGACUGAAAAAACAGAUGUGUAUAGUUUUGGAGUUUUGUUGUUGGAGCUUGUGACAGGAAAGCGUCCCACAGAUCAAAUGUUUGUCAAACGAGGACUCAAUGUUGUUGGAUGGAUGAACACAAUGAUUCGAGAGAAUAGAAUGGAUGAUGUGGUGGACAAGAAUUGUUUGGAUGUUGAUGAGGAAACGGUUGAAGCAAUGGUUGAGAUUGCGGUUAGGUGCACUGAUGGGAAUCCUGAGGGGAGGCCGACGAUGCUACAAGUGGUGCAGUUUCUCGAAGAGGAGGUUAUGUCGCCUUGCCCGACUGAGUUUUACGAGUCUCAAUCGGAAGAUCAUUGCUAACUUUGAUGAUGAUGAAGAGGUUUUGUAUUAGUAAGUUGUUGCACUAUUGUGAAAGAUAUUAUUAUGUUGAUGAUGUAAUUGUAAAGUUUUAUCAGCUGUAUUAUUUUAGUAAUUUUUACUAAAGUUUUGCACCAUUUCUUUGGAAAUUUUGUUGUGCUUGUUUAUAAGCAUGAAAUCUUUCUUAGCGUUGCAUCAUUUUGUUAUUGUUGAUUCAUCUUUAGUUAAGAAUGUAUUGAAAAUGUAAAUACUUUCUAUUUUUGAUCUGAAAAUUCCAUUAGCUUAAGA